AUGUUGCGCCGCAGCUUUGCACCGUUGCUGUCCCGCGCGAGCGCUGUGUGCCUGCAAGGUUGGGGUAAGACCGGAGGUGGCGGCGGUUGGGGUAGCGCUGGCGAAUCGACCUCCGCAAGCGGUUGGGGCGGUGCUGGCGACUCGACCUCCGCAAGCGGUUGGGGCGGCGCUGGCGACUCGACCUCCGCAAACGGUUGGGGUGGCGCUGGCGACUCGACCUCCGCAAGCGGUUGGGGCGGCGCUGGCGACUCGACCUCCGCAAGCGGUUGGGGCGGCGCUGGCGGUCGCGGCCGCGGUCGCGGGUCGCGUGGAAAGAGCGGCUGGGGCGCUAAAGACAGCUCUGAUGGCUGGGGCGGGGGGCGGGGCGGCGGACAGUCGGGCUGGGGUGGUGACGGUGGCUGGAGAGACGCCCCAACCGGGGGCCGGCAGCGCGGUGCGCGUGGCAGCUUUCGGCGCGGUCGCGGUGGCAGUGGUGGUGGCGUAUGGGGACAGCCAGCCACCGCUGACGAAGACGCGUGGAAUGCAGCACCACCCAGCUUUCAACCACCAGUGCGCCGCGUUGACCCGCUGACGCUUACGGCGGUUGAGGUGGAGGUGGAUGGGGUGAAAAAGCUAGUUGGGCAGCGCGUGCAAGUGUCAGGAUUAUCGGAUGAAACCACGUGGCACACCUUGAAGGACCACCUCCGGCAGGCCGGCGACAUCACGUUCUGCCGCCUCUUCUCUGGCGGUCGGGGCAUGGUGGAGUUCGCUGUCCCCGAAGAUGCCGCCCGCUGCAUCACGGAACUGCAGGCUUCUGAGCUGGAGGGAGCCACGCUGUACCUCCGCGAAGACCGCGAGGAUACCGUACUCAUCAACACCAGACGCAAGAUCCGAGAUGCCCGCGACGCUCAGCUUCGCGCGCGCAAGGCGGAGGCCGAGAAGUCGCGCCGCGAGAAGGCGAUAGCGCAGGGCGACGUCCCCAACGACUCGGCAGCAGCGCAGUGA